AUGUUCCCCACCAAGGGCCUCUUUGCUGCCCUCCCCUGCCCCGACAGACCCGCCUGCCGCCGCUCCGUCUGUCUCUUCAGCCAUGCACCCGACGCGCGCGAGUCCUUCAGCGUCCACAUCCCCGUCGACGCGCCCAAGGAAGCCCCCGUCGCGUCCUCGGCAGCUGUGCAGCCUAAGACUGCCAUGUCUGUCCCUGCCAAACGCCCCAUACCGUCUGCUGCAGCUGGAACAAGUACACCUGAGCCUCCACGUAAACUGCAGCGCACGGGGCCGACCAAGCGUCCUGUCGCGGUGCCUACGGCAACACACACCGCCUCUGGGGUACCUCUCAUAAGAGUCCCCCCGGCUCAGUCUCAAGUUGCUAUCCCCGUCCGCCAAGCAAUGCUCCAGCAGCUGUUCCAGCACUACCUCAUUCUUUACGAAAACAUCCUUGCACAGAACCCUACUCUAGCCUCCGAGCAUGCCCUCCGACAAGAAGAGGAGGUGUACCAAAAGUCGAACAAGCUCACGUACCGUAACGCUGUUAUCUCCUCCAUCGUCACGCUCAAGCAGCGGCAAAAACCGAAUGGCGCGUCACAUCCCUCCGUAGGCACUGAGGGCGAUCUUGCGCGUCGUGCCGAGGAGCGCAAGAAGCUCAACGCGCUUCGGCUGACUGCCAAGCAGCUGGAGCCCUAUGUCCUGUCUCUCGACCAGUUGCGCAAAUGGGGCCACAUCGUCGACAUCCCUGCAAGUGAGGGCGGGUCAAGACCAAGUGAAGAGGGGUCGGUAAAGACAUGCGACCGAUGCAGCACCGCGUUCAAGGUAAAGCGGAGAGAGGAAGCGUCCAUGGAUGAGUGCGUAUACCACUGGGGGAAGGCGUUCUCGACCAAGACAAACGGCGAGAAGAGACGUCUAUUCACCUGCUGUUCGCGACCUUCGGACAGCGAGGGAUGCCAACGGGGUCCGCACGUCUUCUACGAGACGUCAGCGGAGGAUCUACAUGUUCGUCAUCCGUUCUCGUAUACUCGUGGCAGCGGGCCACCAGACGAGGUACGAGAAGAUGGGCAUAGCACGCAAGCUGAUAUUGAAGCCGACACCACAUUGGACAUCGUCGCGCUGGAUUGCGAGAUGGUGUACACGACCGGUGGAAUGCGCGUCGCGCGGGUGUCGGUGGUUGAUUCCACCGGGAAGGAAGUCUUCGACGAGCUCGUCAAGAUGGAUGAUGGGGUCGAUGUCAUCGACUAUAAUACGCGCUUCUCUGGCAUAACCGCCGAAGCGCACGCAGCAGCGCUUCUCCCACUCACCGCGAUCCGUCGAUCGCUCGACGCGCUCAUAUCGUCGAAACGGAUGGUGCACCAUCGCUGUAUAGACACGGUGGUAUUGUUUCCCCAUCAGGCAGGCCCGCCGUAUCGACGAGCAUUGCGUGCAUUAGUGAAGGAGCACUUGGGUCAGACGAUUCAGGAGGGGGGCGGGACGGUCGGGCACAGCUCUGUCGAGGAUUCAGUUGCGACACUCGAUCUCGUACGGUGGCACGUCCUGAACCGCCCCCACCAGCGGCCAAACCCGCAACUGCUUCAACCGCAACAACCACGAACAAGCUAUGACCGUCGAUUUCCGCUGUCGAUCUCCGUUUCAACCGUCUUAUAUUUGUAG